CGCGGCUCAAGCCGGAUCCAAGGCAAGCAUGUCUCUGCAGAGGAUCGUGCGUGUGUCCCUGGAGCAUCCUACCAGCGCUGUGUGUGUGGCUGGCGUGGAGACCCUCGUGGACAUUUAUGGGUCAGUACCUGAGGGCACAGAGAUGUUUGAGAUCUACGGAACCCCCGGGGUGGACAUCUACAUCUCAACCAGCAGGGAGAGAGCCCGAGAGCGCGCAGACACCAGGCGCUGGCGCUUUGAUCAGGGCUCCGAGAUCAUCGUGGUCAUGAACUCUCCCAGCAAUGACCUCAAUGACAGUCAUGUUCAGAUUUCCUACCAUUCCAGCCACGAGCCCCUGCCCCUGGGCUACGCGGUGCUCUACCUCACCUGUGUGGAUAUCGCUCUGGAUUGUGACCUGAACUAUGCAGGCAGGCAGGAUAGGGGCUUCGUGGACAAGCGGCAGUGGGUCUGGGGACCUGAAGGGUACGGAGCCAUCCUGCUGGUGAACUGUGACAGGGACAAUCUGAACUCUGAUAAGCAGGACAACUGUGAUCGGCACGUGCACUGCCUGCAAGACCUGGAAGACAUGUCUGUCAUGGUCCUGCGGACCCAAGGCCCUGCUGCCCUCUUCGAUGACCAUAAGCUUGUCCUCCAUGCCUCCAGCUCUGAUGCCAAGCGGGCACGCGUCUUCCAUGCCUGUGGUCCUGAAGACUCGUGUGAGGCCUACAGGCACGUGCUGGGCCAGGACAAGCUGGCCUACGAGGUGCCCCAUUUCCAUGGCGAUGAGGAGCACUUCUUCGUGGAGGGCCUCUCCUUCCCCGACGCCGGCUUCUCGGGACUCAUCUCCUUCCAUGUCACCCUCCUGGAUGACUCCAACGAGGAUUUCUCCGAAUCCCCCAUCUUCACGGACACCGUGGUGUUCCGCGUGGCGCCCUGGAUCAUGACGCCCAGCACCCUGCCGCCCCUGGAGGUGUACGUGUGCCGUGUGAAGAACAACACGGGUUUUGUGGAUGCGGUGGCAGAGCUGGCCAGGAGGGCUGGCUGCAAGCUGACCAUCUGCCCGCAGGACGAGAACCGCAAUGACCGCUGGAUUCAGGACGAGAUGGAGCUGGGCUAUGUCCAGGCGCCGCACAAGACUUUCCCGGUGGUCUUUGACUCCCCAAGGAAUGGGAAACUGCAGGACUUCCCUUUCAAAAGGAUCCUGGGUCCAGAUUUCGGCUACGUGACUCGGGAGCCACGAGACAACUCUGUGAGUGGCCUGGACUCCUUUGGGAACCUGGAGGUCAGCCCACCGGUGGCGGCCAACGGAAAGGAGUACCCCCUGGGGAGGAUCCUCAUUGGGGGCCACCUGCCCGGGUCAAGGGGUCGUAGGGUCACCCCAGUGGUACGGAACUUCCUCCACGCGCAGAAGGUGCAGCCCCCCGUGGAGCUCUUUGUGGACUGGUUGUCUGUGGGCCACGUGGAUGAGUUUCUGAGCUUUGUCCCUGCCCCUGAUGGGAAGGGCUUCCGGAUGCUCCUGGCCAGCCCUAGCGCCUGCUUCAAGCUCUUCCAGGAAAAGCAGAAGUGGGGCCACGGCAGUGCUCUCCUGUUCCAAGGGGUUGCUGGCACUCAGAAUGUCAACACCAUCUCCCUCAACCAGGUCCUCUCCAGUGGAAGCCUCAUCAGCUAUAAUAAGUUUGUGCAGAGCUGUAUUGAUUGGAACCGAGAGGUGCUGAAGCGGGAGCUGGGCCUGACCGAGGGCGACAUCAUUGACAUCCCCCAGCUCUUCAAGACUGAGAAGAGAAAGGCGGUGGCCUUCUUCCCUGAUUUGGUGAACAUGCUGGUGCUGGGGAAGCACCUGGGCAUCCCCAAGCCCUUCGGGCCCAUCAUCAAUGGCCGCUGCUGCCUGGAGGAGAAGGUGCGCUCCCUGCUGGAGCCACUGGGCCUCCACUGCACCUUCAUCGACGACUUCACCCCGUACCACAUGCUGCACGGGGAGGUGCACUGCGGCACCAACGUGCGCCGGCAGCCCUUCUCCUUCAAGUGGUGGCACAUGUUGCCCUGAGCCCGUCCUCCCAGCAUCCUCUCCCCAUGGGGCGGGACACUGGCCUGGGUGGUGGACACUGAGACAGGCCCGUGAACAAUAAGUAUCGAGAGACCCCCACGCUUCCAGAUGCAACACCUGCUUGGAACAUCCCCAGGAAGUGUUCAUGCCUCACCUGUGACCCACUUGGUUCUCGGGCUUGAUUCCCCUUGACCUCCCAAGAAGCAGGACCUCAUUUCUUGUCUUUCAUGCGGAUGAAAGACACACACACGCAAAUCCUCUGUUUGGGACCUAAUUCACUUUGGGUUCUCGAAACAUCCGUGCAUCUCCUCUGCCCUCUUGGCAGGUAUGUCCAAACGGAGGGAGGACCAGGAUCCUGCUUUGGUCUGAUUGCUUCUCACUCUGCAGGGGAACAAAUGCCUUAAUAUCUCAGGACAGGGGAGAUUUGGCCCCUAGCCUUACCCACAGGGAAGGAGUGGAAGUCCAUUCAGAUCAAGGCAGGACCAGCAUUCUAACUCCCAAGCUCGAUGUUGAACUCUAUCCCACCCAGCACACAGUAGGUGCUCCUAGAUGCAUGUUGAAGCAAGGGUUGUCACCCUUAGCCUUAGAAAUGCCUCAUCAUCUGACGUUCAGAAAUCUGGCUUAGUUCUAAAACCUCCUGGGAUUUCUCAGAAGUGAAAAUUAUCUGGGGAAUUCCUGGAGUUUGGGCAAAUUGGGUGCAGGGGUGAAAAAUGUCUUUAAUAUAAUACAUAGGGUGCAUCAGUGGCCCAGGGCCUCUCUCUGCAGAAGGGGAGACCCCUGGUAAUAUCAGUCCUAGGCUUUCUCUGGACCCCUGGUCAAUGUUCCCAUAGCCUGCUCAGCCUCAGGAGAGGGGGGCCUAGUGGGGCUGGACCCACUGAGACCGCUCUUGAGACAGCUCUGGGAAUGAAUCAUUCUGAGCACUGGGGAGCGGGAAGAGGGGGUGGGUGGUUUCUCCAGACAUGUGUCAGUUACAUAUGUGUUCUGUGUGGGAUCACUGGCUAAUACAUCUACAGAAACACAAAUGCUUUGAGUCUAAUUCGGGCCUUCUUUGGACUUAGAACAUGAAAGCAGGAACAGAGCAGUUUCUUCCAGUGGAAGCAUUUGCUUGCCUGGCCCCCCAGGAAUUUGAGGCUGAUGAGCCCACAUUUUGGUAAGACUGAGAGUGCACUGCCUUGGCCACAGGAGGAGGUAAGGCCACCAUGGACAAUUGCAAUGAUACAGACACAGAAAUGCAAGCCUAGGGGUCAAGGUCAGGCUGCCAGGACCAAGUGAGCACAGCAGGCGAGUGUCUGGCCUGUGGCCUGAAGGUUGCGCGGUGAGUGUGGCAGUGGGGGAAGCCAAUGUGUGUGGAGCAUGGGGAGGCCUGCUGUGUGCCCUCGGCGACAUCCUCUUUCCUACCUGUGGGGAGGCCAUGGGCACCCCAAAAAGGCCAAGCAGGCUUGCCAUGGAGCCCCAGGACAGCACCCUCUUUGCUUGUCUCUUCCAGCCCCCCAUUCUCUCUGGAGAUGCAAAACCCAGAAACAACUCAAGCCAGCCCCAGCUGGGUGGUUAGAGACGAUACCACAGCCUGCCCCCAACACCCCCUCUUCACCAUGACUGACUUACAUCUCUGGAACAGAGGCCAAAGGCCCCUCGUGUGACCAGAUUUUAACAAAAUAAGCCCCCCUCCAAGGGAAGCUGAGCAAAUGAAGAUGGUGAGAAAAUC